AUGGUUCUCUCUCUACUUCUGGUUGGAAGAGAUGGAAAUGGCAAAAGUUCUACAGGCAACUCAAUUCUGGGCACUAAACACUUUACCCCAACCUCAAACUUUUCAUCCGCUGGGGUUGACAUCAAAGAGGGUUCGAACCUAGAAAAACGAAUCUCUGUAACCGAGAUAGCGGGACUUGAAUAUCCAGGCUUGGAUCAUACAGAGGACAUUGAGAAAGCACUGGCAGAAAUUGAAGGAACCAUUAAACAAAAUACGAGUGGGUUUAACGCUGUUAUUUUUGUCCUGAAGUAUGGAGUACGUUUCACCCAACAGGAGAAGGAUGCUGUGCUUUGGUCAAAUCCAUUUUCGGUUCUAAUGUGGUCAAAGAUUUUGGUGUUAUUGUGA